CCCAUUGAUGGUUAACAUGCAGUAACUUAUAUAUGUUUGGACUUUGGAAGAAGCAUUAAUAAUUGUGUUUGAAUGGAGUGUGUUUACUACUUGGCCAUUUUGAUUGAUAUAUUUUUUUUUCUUUUUCAAAAUGGGUUGAGAGAGAAGGGAAGCAGGAUUAGUUUAGUGGUUUACAUAUUGAGAAUGGUUACUGUGGUAUCAAUACACUAUGGUGCUUUGUUGGUGGAAAUUGGGGUACAUAUGGUUUAACCCAGUUUUUAACAGAGCAGUGGUUGUUUUGGAUGUUAUGGCAGGAUGGAAGGCCGCGAUGACUGGUGGGGCCGGGCUUACUGGUGGCAGCGGCAAUGUGGAGGUCAAAAGUGACUCAAUUAGUGAAGGGAGUUCGGAUUUUGAUCUGGAAUCAAAUGGGUCACUGCCCUUUUACAUGCUUGAUGCUUACGAAGAGUUCUAUGGACCUAAUAUGGGCACUGUUUAUCUAUUUGGGAAGGUUAAAGUAGGAAGUUCAUAUCAGAGUUGUUGUGCGGUUGUAAAGAACAUGCAAAGAUGUGUCUAUGCAAUUCCGGACAGUCCUUUAUUUCAAACUGACGAAAUGAUGAAGCUUGAAAAGGAUGCCGAGGACUCAAGGAUUUCACCCACAGAUUUUCGUAAGAAGCUGCAUGAUGUGGCUUCAGAAUUAAAGAAUGAAUUAGCAAAGAAGUUGUUGGAUCUCAAUGUAUCAGCUUUUAGCAUGGCACCUGUCAAGAGGAACUAUGCUUUUGAGCAAUCUGACAUACCUGCAGGGGAGAAUUAUGUACUGAAGAUCAAUUAUCCAUUCCGGGAUCUACCACUAUCAGCAGAUCUAAAAGGAGAAACUUUUUGUGCUCUUCUAGGAACUCAUAGCAGCGCAUUGGAACUUUUCCUUGUUAAAAGGAAGAUAAAAGGACCUUCUUGGCUAUCAGUUUCAAAUUUUUCCAUCUGCCCAGCUCCACAACGGGUAAGCUGGUGUAAAUUUGAGGUGAUCGUGAAUGCUCCGAAAGAUAUAAGGGUCUCAGCUUCCACAAAGAAAACUGUAGAUAUUCCUCAAGUGGUUGUUACUGCAAUAAGUUUGAAAACUAUUAUCAAUGAGAAGCAGAAUGUUAACGAAAUUGUCUCUGCAUCUGUUGUCUGUUGUAACAAGGCCAAGCUUGAUGGUGGCAUAUUUCCUAUGGGGUUUACUAAAGUGGCUGCAGAUAAGAAUUCUAAAGCCGGAUCAAAUGUCUUGAGCAUUGAGGGCAGGCUUUUUCUUGAUGCGUACUUCGGUACUUGCAUGCUAAAGCUAGCAUGCUUGACACUCUUCUGAACUGUUACUAAUUCCUUAUGCCUUACAAUAUCUCAAAUUGACUGGUAGAGGCGAUGAAACUGUAAGUACUUUACCAAGUAACAAGAGUUAUGGCAAUUAGCUUCCCAAUUGUUUUCUUUUCUAUUUCAGAUAAGUGGUAGGGGAAGUAGGAAGUCAAAAAAGAAUUCACCAAGUUGUAAAGCUUUGUUGCUUGAUUGUUUUGGAGUGGAUAGGUUGUCUCUAACUUGUUUAUUUCGAUUGUUGUCUCAAAACCAAAAGCCCAAAAAUCAUCUUGUUGUUUAUUUCUUUAGUUUCUGUUUCAAUUUUCUUUUAAUUAAUUACCAUAGCAAAUGAUCUCCAAAAUCCAACCAGUAUCCAGUUUAGGAUGUUAGCUUAAUGUCUAUAAAAUUUCGUUGAUAUCUGAGCAGUUUAGGUUAGGUUUUUGUUUUCAUUUUGGUUUCUGGUCAGAGUAGUUAAUCUGUUUUGUGUUCAUUAGUCUAGUUAUUCAAUCUUUUGUGGGUAAUGACCCCUGCUUCCUUGUCUACAAGCAACUAAUUCAUUGUUUGUAGGGUAAGUUUGUGUGAGCUUUAAGUUACACAAAAGAAUUACCUAAUGGUAUGCAGUGCAGUUAAAACUUACAAUGCUGAAAAGGGGAGGGUUAACAAAGUGCCUAAGUUAAAAUUACUUCCGGGCGUACCUAAGCAGCCGGGUGGAGUUGAGUGUGGCUAUUAUGUUAUGCGUGGGCGGUAAAGGAUCGGAAAGGGUAUACCCAACAACAACUUGACGAGGUCCGCAUUGAAGCAGCUGACCAGUUUCUUGAUUUUGAGUUAGACUAGCUUUUAAUUAACUUUUUUGUAGCAAUUAUGAACAAACAAGAAUACUAAUUGCUAGGCUAGCCUUGUAGUAUAUAGGUGCAUGAAUUGGGGUUUUAUUUUGCCCAUUUUGUAAACUGUUAAGGAUGAUGAAUGUCGGAUAUAAUACCCCAAUUUGCAAUUUAUAAUCACA